UUACCACUCUCCUCGUUGGCGAUUAGCCACCACAAUCCAGUUUAGAUUCAUCUACUCCUUCCUCCUCCUCGUUGGCCUAUUCAUCUCCUCGUUAACUAACCUUUUCUCCAUAACCACACCAUCGUUCUUCCUUGUCCUCUUUGGGCUAACAACAACCACAAAGCAAUUUCUGCAAUCGAUUUGUUGUUUUCAGUAGUAAUCACAGGAUUCAGUAUUCCGUCGAGGCAACAAGCAAAAGGCACGAUCGAUGCAAGAGUUCGUGAUGCGACCAGAGCAAAAGCGGAAGUUUCUGCAAAAGGCACCUAACGGUCCGUUUGUGUGAAAUUACACUAUGCCCCAAGUUUGAUUUUAUCCUUGCUCCACGUAUACUGGUUUGACUGGCUGUAACUUUCAGCCUGUGCAUUCCAGCCUCCUCCUAUAUCAUCUCUGCUUUUGUGGAACUGACGAAGGCAUAAAGCUAGAUAUUUCUCCCGUCCAUGUAUCUUCCCAUGAUCACAGGAAGGCUACCCAUGAAAGCAAUACUGGUCCUUCUCCUUCUUGUUUUGUGCACUGCAGCUUGCCACGCUAAGGAUGAUCCUCAUCACUGUGAGCCUUCUUCCUGCGGCGACAUCCACAACAUAAGUUACCCUUUCCGACUCAAUGAUGAUCCAAACAAGUGCGGUGACUUAAGGUAUAACCUGUCUUGUGAGAACAAUCUCACUGUAUUACACUUUUAUUCAGGAAAAUACUAUGUGCUUGCCAUCAAUUAUGGAAACGCCACAAUCCGAGUUGUGGAUGCCAAUGUUCGCAAGGGUAACUGCUCUUCAAUCCCUCGUAAUUCGUUGGCCAGCUAUAACUUCAGUGAUGAGGAUCCAUACAGCAUUUAUAUAUGGAAAGGUGCCAAUUUGUCGAACUCGGAUAUGUUGGAACUGUCAAAGCCUAUAAUCUUCAUGACCUGUGAAACUCGGCCUGUGAAUUCGUCUCUCUAUAUGGAUACUGCUCCUUGCAUUAAUGCAAAAAGUGGGCGUUCUUUUGUUAUCACUGAAAGCUUAAAUGUCUCGGAUUUGUGGGAUUCAUGUCGCAUACAGCUGAUGGUCUUGAUAUCAUCGUCGAUUGGGACAAAGGACAUGAACAGUUCCUACAUAGACAUCCACAACGAGCUGCUCUAUGGUUUUGAACUUUCAUGGUUGAAGAGGUAUACACAAGGUCCAAAUUGGUCUAGGUGGUGCUAUUUCGACAAUGAUACCAACAAAGUUAAUUGUAGCAUCUGGACUUAUCCUACCUAUGCAGGCACCACCGUCUUGGACUUUAUAACAGAUAUAUUCAUGCGAUUCAUUUCUAUAUUUCCAAUGGCAGUAUCUUGGUGGAUUUUGGCAAAGCUUGGACUCGGAAUUCCAUGUGUGCUUGUGUUUUUAAUCUUGAAGUUGAAAAGACGACAUUUAUCAAUGUACAGUGUUAUUGAAGAAUUCUUACAGAGUCACAACAACCUCAUGCCUAUACGGUACUCCUACUCCAACAUCAAGAAGAUGACUAAAGGAUUUAAGGAUAAAUUGGGGGAAGGAGGUUAUGGCGCUGUAUAUAAAGGAAAGCUUCGGAGCGGUCACCUUGUUGCUGUUAAGAUGUUGGGAAAUUCCAAAGCUAAUGGGCAAGAUUUUAUGAAUGAAGUUGCUACCAUUGGAAGAAUUCAUCAUGUAAAUGUGGUGCGACUAAUUGGCUAUUGUGCUGAGGGAUCAAAGCGUGCUCUUAUAUAUGAGUACAUGUCAAAAGGGUCUCUUGAUAAACACAUAUUUCCUAAGGAAGGACUCAUCUCCUUAAGUUGCAAGGAAGCAUUUGAAAUUUCCCUAGGAGUGGCCCGUGGUAUUGAUUAUCUGCAUCAAGGAUGUGAUAUGAAAAUUUUGCAUUUCGAUAUCAAGCCACACAACAUUCUUCUUGACGAGAAGUUUGUUCCCAAGAUUUCAGACUGUGGUCUAGCAAGAUUAUGCCCAUUAGAUGACAACAGUUUAACUUUGACCGCAGCAAGAGGAACCAUUGGAUACAUAGCUCCGGAAUUGUUUUACAAGAAUAUUGGAGGUGUGUCAAACAAAGCUGAUAUCUAUAGUUUUGGAAUGUUGUUGAUGGAAAUUGCAGGGAAAAGAAGGAAUUUAAAUGCACUUGCAGCAAAUACGAGCCAAAUUUACUUUCCUUCUUGGGUGUACGACCAGUUCAAUGAAGAAAAGGAGGUGGAAAUUGAAGAUGCCACGGAUGAGGAAAAGAAACUAACAAAGAAAAUGCUCAUGGUAGCAUUGUGGUGUAUACAAAUGAAGCCUAGUGACCGUCCUAAUUCGAUGAACAAAGUAGUAGAGAUGCUUGAAGGAGAAGUUGAAUACAUUCAAAUGCCUCCAAAGCCUUUCCUAUAUCCACAAGACAUGCCAGUAGUGGAUGAUGAAGAUGAUUCGGAAACAACUUUGACAUCAUCACUGCCAUUGAAAAAUGAAGCUCAAGAGUCAAUUAGUUCGAUUCAAAAUCCAAAUUAAAGGAAGUGAUGUACUAGUUAAUAUUUGUAUUCACAAUGGAGCAGGCAUUUCAUAUCAUGCAGUAAUUAAUAAGUGUUCUUCCAUGCUCCGCA